CUGCGUCCGCCCUCUCUUGCGGGGAGGGGCGGAGGGUGGGGAGGAGAGCGCCUGCGCGCUGCGCGGCCUUUUUCCACCUUCACGUGUCGCGCAGGCUGGGCUGUAGGUCUAGUUGCUGUGGCGCGGCAGCGGAUUAACUGCGGCAGUCGCAGUCAUGGCAGGACAGGCAUUUAGAAAGUUUCUUCCCCUCUUUGACCGAGUGCUAGUUGAGAGGAGUGCCGCUGAAACUGUAACCAAGGGAGGCAUAAUGCUUCCAGAAAAAUCUCAAGGAAAAGUGUUGCAAGCGACAGUAGUAGCUGUUGGAUCGGGCUCCAAAGGAAAGGAUUUCUAUAAUUGGCCUGAUGAAUCCUUUGAUGAAAUGGACAGCACACUAGCUGUUCAGCAGUAUAUUCAACAGAACAUAAGAGCAGAUUGUUCUAAUAUUGAUAAAAUUCUUGAACCACCUGAAGGCCAAGAUGAAGGUGUAUGGAAGUAUGAACACUUAAGGCAAUUCUGUCUUGAGCUAAAUGGACUUGCUGUCAAACUUCAGAGUGAAUGCCAUCCAGAUACAUGUACUCAGAUGACAGCAACUGAACAAUGGAUUUUCCUUUGUGCAGCUCAUAAAACUCCAAAAGAGUGUCCUGCUAUAGACUAUACUAGACAUACACUUGAUGGUGCCGCAUGUCUUCUGAAUAGCAAUAAAUAUUUUCCCAGCAGGGUUAGCAUAAAAGAAUCAUCUGUAGCAAAACUAGGAUCAGUAUGCCGUAGGAUUUACAGAAUAUUUUCACAUGCUUAUUUUCAUCACCGGCAGAUAUUUGAUGAAUAUGAAAAUGAAACAUUUUUGUGUCAUCGGUUUACUAAAUUUGUGAUGAAAUAUAACUUGAUGUCCAAGGAUAACCUGAUUGUACCAAUUUUAGAAGAGGAAGUUCAGAAUUCAGUUUCUGGGGAAAGUGAAGCAUGAAGGGAAUCAGAAAAAAAUGUACUGAUCACAUAAUAACAAUUAUGUACUGUAUAUAUAUCAUUUUAGACACAUCAAUCAUGUAUCCAUAUUACAGCUUUUUUGUUUAGUAUAGGUUUUUGUAUGCUGAGUGUUGCCUUUUAAAAUGGGAAAUACUUUUUAAGUUAUUCAUGAGCUGUAUAUUCACCAGUGUGGCACUCAUGUUUUUUAAAUAAGAUUAGUAUUAUCUGUUUAUAAUGCCUGUUAAUAAAAGAAUUUACAGUUUGGUAAAAUUGCUGCUAAACAAUCAUUGGAUUACAAUCCUCAUCAAAUAAACCCAUCUAUAAAAAGAUGAGCAAGCUUGAGGUUUCACACAAGCCAUUUACUAAAGAAAUAGUAAUGUUUUCCUUGGUUUUACCCCUGAGUUUAGGUAUUCUAGAAAUUCUGUAGUGUAUAUAGUUCAGGUCUUAACUUUUCAAAAAUGACAUGUGUUUUAAAAUCCUGUUUAUAGUUUUGAUAUGCAUAUAUAAUUAUAUGUAUAUCCAAAUAUAAAUGCAGAUGAAGUAUAAUACGUAAAUAACCUUACUAUGCUCCAUAAAGUAUAUUCUAGACCGGCAUAUGGGGAAAGGAUUUACCUUUCUGCAAUAGUGAACUGUUAUAUACAAGAUGAUGAUGAUAAUAAUAAGGUGGGUAAAUGAUGUGCCCACUGGAAACCUGUCCUGCUUUUCCCUUCUCAUUUCCCUUAACUCCCUCUCCAAACUGUAGUGACUGAGCAGCUUUUCACCAGGUUGUGAUUUACUAGUGGCUAACACUUAUAUAUAUUUGUAUUAAUGGUUUACAGACUAUACCUCAUAUUAGCAAACAUUACACUACAGGAAAAAUGUAUUGGCAUGGGCUCUUGCUUAUCAUUGUUUUGAAAAAUUGUUAUACUUGGGAAAUAGUCUUUAAAAUAGUUUGGCUCUUCCUGUUAGUAAUAUUAAUCUUCUAACCAACUAGGCAGCAUUUAAAUACAGUUGAAAAAUAUUGUAGUAUUUAUUUUAUAUUCCCUCCCCACAGUUUAUGUUUGAAUUAUAUGCACAUGUGAGAUUUUUUUUUGCAAUAACUAACAGGUUCCAAUAGUGUUGGUGAAAGGUCAUACAGUUUUUGGACUUUGUUAUGGUUUAGUGUCUUAAGGAUUCAACUGCAGAUUUUACAAUCUUAAAAUCUAGUGAAUGCAAUUUUUAACAAAGCACUGGAAGUCUUAUUGCUAAGCUGGUUUUAAUGAAACAAUAAGGUUAAAAAAAGUAUACAUGUAAUGAGAAAUAUUUAAAUCCAUCUCUUGAAUAGAAUUAACACAUACGAAGCAUUUCAUUUUCAUUUAAAAAGGAUUAUUUUGAAAUGAAUAUGAAAAUGUACAUCUUGGUUUUUUCAAAUUUGAGGAAAUAAUUUAUACAAUAUUAUGGGAGAACCGUGUACAGCAAAGAUGUGGGAAAUAAUAGCAUACUGAGAGUGUGUGUGUGUGUGUGUAUAUAUAUAUAUAUAUAUAUAUAUGCCUUUCUAAGCCUGCCAGUAUAUUUGGCUUUGAACAGUGCUAUUCCAACAGUCAUUACUUUAACCCCAGCCCACAAUGACCCUUUAAAAAGGUUUAUGUUCAUAGUGAAUGCAAUGUUGACUUUGAAUUUAUGCAUAUGUAUUAAUGUCACAUACCAAUGGGAACAGUAAUUUACACAUAAACUUGCUAAAUAUUGAGAGACUAAACUAAGUUAAUAAAUUAUAUGUAUCAAUGUAGCUAUUCUCUCUAGCUGGUGUCUCACAAUGGAUUUUUAUUGCUUGACAUAUUUUCUUAGUGAAAUUUGUACUAAGGCAGUGACUGGGAUUGGUCAUCUGGCUAGGUAUUUUGAAACACAUUUUGAAUAAUAUGGCUUGCUGUUAAUGGGGAAAUAAAAUCUGAUUUAUUUCUUACUCAUUCCAUCUUCCCUGUGCUGUGUGUUUGGAAUUGAUCAUAAAAUAAUCCCCAAAA